AUGAUCGGUUUUGCAUCCGCUGGGACUCGCUUUACCACCCGCGUUCGUGAUGAGAAUCUCUGGGCAUUUCAAUCGUUAAGUUUGAUGCUUGCGGGGAGUCGAAUGCUGUUGGCAACACAAUACACCAUCACCCUUGCGUUUAUGUAUCAACCGAUGAAAGCUACAUCCAAGGGCAUUGCAUAUACCGCUAUAAUGUUUUGGACUACGACGAUUUUCUACCUUGCGGUAAGCCUUCACUUUCACCAAAAACGUUACCUUUCAACGGGUUUCCCUAACCUUCUGCAGAUGUUCUUCGCCUUUAGCCGAGGCCAUCACAUCCCCCCGAGAAUUUGGACCGUUUGGUUCGUCCUUUUUGGCGUUGAAAUGUGGACGGUAAUGGGCGUGUCUUGUGCUUUUCCAGAGAUUGGCUUUCAGGACACCUACCUCAAUGUCCGCAUGGGCCUUCUCACAUUGAUCAUCAUUGGUGAGGGGGUCAUCGCGGUGACUCGAAUUGUCAACAAGACGGUUCGGCCGGGUGGGUGGACUAAAUGGUCGUUUGUUCAUAUCCUGGGAGUGACUACCAACGUCGUAUGCUCAGAUCCCCGUGAAUUCCGAUUGCAGGAUUGUGGAAUGCUAACCGCGCACCUCAUACAGUAUUUACUAUGGCAGGUUUAUUUCGAUCUCUCCCCGGGGCGUCGACUUGGAAAGGUCGCUCAGCAGAUCUGGGCGCAGCUACAUUUCCCCUUCCACGUGGCUCUUAUCCUACUGCUUGAAGGCUCCCAAAUCCUGGCCUUGACUUUGGAUGUCACGUUGAAGUUAAAGUAUCUUGCACAAACAUUUCUCUAUGUGUGUGAGGAGACGCGUCCAAGUAAAGAAAAAGCGAUCGCACUCAUUCGAAGUACUAUUGCGGAUAUGGAGAUUCCAUUUAGCCGUGGUGCCACGCAAGAGUGGGUGGCAAUCUCUAGUCUGCUAGAUGAUCUUUCAACGCAGCCGCUUUGUCCCGUGCCUGGAACAGUCAGUGCAUUCCACAAUCAGCAUAUCUUCAGUGAUUUGAUGGGAAAUGUUACUGCGGCCUUGUUCUCGAGCAUGGACAUUACGCCCCCAGUCAAAGUCGACAUUGGCCUCCUUGAUAGCCAUCAACUUCUUCAGAUGUAUAUGAAACUCUUGGCCUUUGUGUAUAUUUACUUUUUUGCUGGAGCCAGUCUCUCAAUGGGUCUUUUCAGCGCGUUCGCCAUGCUCUCCCGUCGGCACGAACGUCGGCUGCACCUCGUCAUAUCUAUGGUAGUAAGAGCAUUACUUGCAAUUUCUCUAGCGGGUCUUGUGUCAUUCGCCAGCCACUUCCCGCUAGCCUAUUCCUUCAUGACCUCGCCAAUCAUCCUGUACGCUUUCACGCUACCACUGUUGACUGGUCAGUUAUCUCUUCUCAGUUCGUAUGCCAAAUAG